AUGAAAGUUCGUCAAUUGAAAAAAGCGUUCUUUGGAAAAAUUACAGGUCUGGUUUACUUGUUAUUUGACAUCAAUAGGAGGGCAUUUGUGCCUAAAUUUAUUAAGUGAGGGUGAAAUUGGAACAAAAAUUUGGAUUGUCGGCCUCUGCUUCUCUCUUUCUUUUUCUUCUUCUCCAUUUCUUCUCCUUCACUGUUUUUCGCUUUCUUUUUCAUCUUCUUCUCUUCCAGUUCUUCUCCUCCAUCUUUCUCUUUCUUUUUCGUCUUCUUCUGUAAGUUUCAACAGUAUUUUGAAAUUUUGAAGUCGUAAGUAUUUAUGGAUGGCUUGAUUUGGCUUGUUUUGGGGCGGAUUGGGGCUGAUUUGCAAAACUGAAAUAGGUUUUUCUUUGGGAUGGUAGUGGUUCCAGCCAGGAUCGCGGGAAGGAGUUGAAAAUGAUGGUUGUUGUGAUGGUGGAUGCGACGCUGCCAGCCCCGCUCACAGUGGGCAGCGACGGUCUGUUACUUUUUUAAUUUUUGUUUUUUCCUUCCAAAUUAGGAUAUGAAACUUUUGAUUAGACGAAAUCUUGAUGUAUUUUGAUUGGGAGUUAGAAUAAAUUUGUGUUUCGUUGGUUUGUUAGAUUGAUAGUGGGUAAAAGUCACGCUUGGUUUUGUUUGUGAUGGACAUGUGAAAGUAGAAAAAAAAUUAAAGUUUAGCGUCAGAUCUUCUUCUGGUGUGAAACAGUGAAGUGCUGAUGGCUUCUUCCCCAUCUUCUGGAUUUGACUUAGUGGAGAAUUAUGAUGUUUUUAUUAGUUUCCGUGGUGUGGACACUCGCCAUAAUUUUGUAAGUCAUCUCUAUUCAAAUUUAAGCAGGAAUAAUAUUAAAACUUUUACCGAUGACCAACUUAUCAGAGGACAUGAGAUUCAAACAUCUCUAUCUAGAGCUAUUGAGCGAUCGACGAUUGCGGUUGUCGUUUUCUCCGAACAUUAUGGUUCUUCCAGAGUUUGCCUGAAAGAACUUGAAGAGAUUUAUAUAAGAAGGAACAUGCUCCUUCAGAUUGUAGUACCAGUCUUCUAUCAUGUAGAACCGACGGAAGUGCGGAAUCAAUGUGGGCCUUUUGGGGAAGCAUUUGCAGAGCUUGAAAAUAGUUAUACGGAGAGGGCAGACAGGUGGAAGACAGCUUUGAGAGGAGUAGCAAACCUAUCUGGCUGGGUUUCAUCUGCCAUUAGGCAUGAAGCAGUACUGGUACAACAGAUUGUCAGCGACAUUUUAGCAAAACUCAAUCGUCUAUCUCCUGUUGGAGAAACGAAUCUGGGUGGUGUGAACAACCAUAUAGAAAACAUUGAAUCUCUCUUAUCCAUUGGAUCGCAAGGCGUUUUCAUGCUGGGAAUUCUGGGUACUGUUGGUGUAGGGGUGUCUACCAUUGCUAGUGCCAUUUACGAUAAAAUCCAUGGGCAGUUUGACAGGUAUUGCUUCAUUGGUAAUGUUGGGAAACGAGCAGAGAGUAUUAAUGGACUAAUUUCACUGCGCCAAGAUAUUCAGUCAUCAAUAACACUUGUGGACACAAACUCUCCGACUAAUGAACUCCCCUCCACGAUGAAAAAGUCUGGCAGAAAGAAGGUUCUCAUCAUUUUAGAUAAAGUGACACGAAGUGAACAGAUAGAAUUUUCAAUCAGAGAUUUUCUUAGUUUUCUUGGUCAGGGAAGUCAAAUUAUUAUAACAACUGGGGAUGAACAAGUGCUGAAGGGAUAUAAAGUGGAUAGAACAUACGAGGUUGAGGGAUUAUUGCAUGCUGAAGCUCUUGCGCUUUUUAAUUUGUAUGCCUUUGGAGAUCAUAUUCCCGAGGAACGUUAUUUGGAGCUGUCAGAAAAGAUAAUAGAAUAUGCUAAGGGUUCUCCACUUGUUCUUAAAAUUUUGGGUUCCUUGCUAUCUGGAAAGAGCCCACUAUAUUGGGAAAGGAUAUUGAGUAAACUAGGGACAAUUCCUAGAAUUGAUCUUCAGGAAGUAUUAAAAAUCUGUUAUGAGGAAUUAGAUGACGAAGAGAAAAAGAUAUUUUUAGAUAUUUCGUCCUUAUUGAAUGGAGGGGACAUAAAUUUCAUAAUAAGAUCUCUGAAGGCUUGGAAUAAUUUCCCACCAGAGAGGGGAAUCAAUGCCCUCGUGAAUAAACAUUUUAUAACUAUUUUAAAUGAUAAGGUAGUGAUGGAUGAUUCGUUACAAGAUCUGGGUCGAGAAAUUCGGCAGGAAAAAAAUCGACGUAGCUGUUUGUGACAUGUCUUGAAUGAAUUGUUGGCGACUUUUCGAAUUUGCUGGAUUUUCAUGAUUCUUAUUUUGGUGUCCCAGCUUCUGUGCUCUCUGCUGGGAACAGACUUGUGAUGAUUUCUUUUGGAGAUUUUUUGGUGAUGGUUUGGCGGUUGAGAUUUUGGUGAAACAGUGCCGGAAGUAUGUUGAUAGGUCUUUGCUUGAGCUGCUGGGGUUUGUUUUUAUGUUUUUGUGGGAGAAGAAGCUUUUGUUGGAUGCUGCUGCAGUUUAUGGAUUUUGCAGGUGGCUUGUUGAUACUGCUGCAGGAGGUUUUUUGUUUCUCUUCGGUUUGCAGGCCUUCUGGGUGUGGUGUGCUACAGUUGGGAAAGUGCUGUUUUUUUCUUUGGGAUGGCUGCUCGAAGUUUUUUUGGUAUGGUCUCAGCUUGUGUAUAGUGCUAAUUUUGUUUCUGCUGGAUGUGCAGUUUUGUUUCUCCCUAGGGCUGUUAUCGAGCCGAGCCGAGCCGAGUUUUUGGCUUAACGAGCUUGGCUCGUGAGAAGGGAGGAGAAAUCGAGUUCGAGCCAAGUCGAGCCGAGCCUCUGAUUUUCUGGCUCGGUUCGGCUCGUGAAGGAAGGAGGGGAAUUCGAGCAUGGUUCGCGAGCCAGCUUAACGAGCCGAGUUCGAGUCGGCUUGCGAGUCGAUAAAAAACAAUUUUAAAAAAAAAAAAAUUAAGAGCAGAUUUCAAUAUUUUUUAAUUCAAAAUACCCUUUGUUUGUUUGUAUGCAUGUAGUAAAAAACAAACAAUGGUCAAUAAGAUACAGUUAUAUUAUCC